AUGGCGGGAGUGGAAAACAGGUUCACAGUUUCGACAGUAGAGCCAGAAUCUAAGAAGAAUGGCAUACAUAUGGGAGCAAGCAUUAUCUCCCGACCUUUACGGUCUUCAGUGGAGAUGGUGGAGCGGGGAGACCCAAAUCCUCAACCAGACACUUGGCUUCAUGAUGCCGGUUGGAGGAGAAAGCGAUCUCUUGCCCAACUCACGAGGGAAGCGCUACCAAGGAUGGAAAAUUAUAGAAAUUCUAAACGGGCCCUCAAAAGGCCGAGUUUAGGAGAACUACAUGGAGAUCACUUGAUUACUGAAGAGGACGAAAAAGAACAACAAAAUAAACAAAGAGAAACAAAAUCACCUACUCCGGCUGUUGGUAUCAAAUUAGGAUGGAUUCAAGGUGUGCUGAUACCAUGUCUACUGAACAUAUGGGGUGUGAUGCUGUUCUUGCGCAUAUCCUGGGUGGUGGCGCAGGCAGGGAUAGGAUUAUCAUUAGUUAUAAUUGCAAUAUCUGCGGUAGUGUGUGUUAUAACCACACUCUCGAUGAGCGCUAUAUGCACAAAUGGAGAAGUCAAAGGAGGUGGUAUUUAUUACAUAAUAUCGAGGUCGCUUGGACCUGAGUUCGGUGCAUCGGUCGGGAUUAUUUUUGCGUUUGCAAAUGCGGUCGCGGCCAGCAUGAAUACUAUCGGUUUCUGCGAUUCUCUCAACGAUCUUUUGAAAAAUCAAGGAGUGAAGAUAUUUGACAAUAGCCUCAAUGAUACAAGACUAGUAGGCACUGUUACUCUCAUCGUGCUGUGCAUCAUCUGCGCGGUCGGCAUGGAUUGGGAGAGUAAGGCCCAGAACUUCCUCAUCGCAAUUAUAAUCGGUGCUAUGGUAGAUUUCGUAGUGGGCACGUUUAUGGGACCAAAAGAUCUGACUGAAGUAGCAGAAGGAUUUGUCGGUCUUUCAACGGAAACUUUAUCAAAGAACUUUUAUCCAGAUUUUCGAUUUAGUGAAGGAAUCAAUCAAGAUUUCUUCAGUGUAUUCGCCAUUUUCUUCCCUUCUGUCACUGGCAUACAAGCAGGUGCUAACAUUUCUGGAGAUCUAAAGGAUCCAGCGUCAGCAAUUCCCAAGGGCACUUUACUUUCAUUACUGAUUUCAAUGAUCAGUUAUGCGCUCAUGGUGCUGUUCUCGGGCGGGGGCGCGCUCAGAAACGCUAAUGGAAACGUCACUGCUCUUAUAGUGAAUGGAACGCAGGUCCUGGACGGUGUGACGUCCUGCAGUGAUAACUUUGAAGACUGUAAAUAUGGACUACAUAACAGCUACUCCGUAAUGCAGCUAAUGUCAGCAUGGGGACCCCUCAUAUACGGUGGGUGCUGGGCGGCCACGCUGUCCACGGCGCUGACCAACCUGCUGUCGGUGCCGCGGCUGAUCCAGGCGCUGGGCGCGGACCGCAUCUACCCCGGCCUCAUCUUCUUCUCCAAGCCCUACGGCAGGCACGGCGAGCCCUACCGCGGAUACGUGCUCACCUUCCUCGUGUCGCUCAUGUUCUUACUCAUCGCGGACUUGAAUACGAUCGCGCCGCUGAUAUCUAACUUCUACCUCGCGUCGUAUGCUCUCAUCAACUUCUGCACCUUCCACGCCGCGCUCGUGCGGCCGCUGGGAUGGAGGCCUACUUUUCGGUAUUACAACGUAUGGAUAUCUAUGAUCGGGUUCCUGCUGUGUGUGGGCAUCAUGCUGCUGAUCGGUUGGAUGAUGGCACUUAUCACUUUCGCUAUAUUCUUCACGCUCUAUCUCAUCGUGCAUUAUCGGAAACCUGACGUUAACUGGGGAAGUAGUACACAAGCGCAAAUGUACAAAACAGCACUCUCCAGCGUGCACAGCCUGGCGCGCACCGGCGACCACGUCAAGAACUACUGGCCGCAGCUGCUGGUGCUCGCGGGGAAGCCGCAGGACCGCCCCGCGCUCGUCGACCUGGGGAACCUCAUUACUAAGUCCGGCUCCUUGAUGAUUGUUGGGGAUAUAUCACAGCAAAAGCUAUCAUACAAGGAGCGGUCUCACCGCGCGCGCUCGGGCGAGGAGUGGCUGCGCGGGCGCAAGGUGCGCGCCUUCACCGCCGCCGUGCACGGCUUCCCCUUCGAGUGCGGCGCGCGCGCGCUCAUGCAGGCCGCCGGCGUCAGCAAGCUGGCGCCCAACGUGCUGCUCAUGGGGUACAAGGCGGACUGGGAGAGCGCGGACAGAAGUGCGCUUGAGGCGUAUUUUAAUGUAUUGCACUCGGCAUUCGAGAGCCGGCUGGCGGUGGGCAUCGUGCGCGUGGCGGGCGGGCUGGACUACAGCGCGGUGGGCGCGGGCGACGCCGCCAGCGGCCUCACCGCCGCCUCCAGCGCCGGCGACCUGCGCGUGCGCGCGCCCAUCAUGCACGCCGACUCCGACCUGGACAUACGCGCUGACCAUCCACCGAGGAGUAACCUUAAUCUGUUGACUCUAACGUCGUCACGGUCUUUCACGAUAUCCGAGAAAAGUGAUUCGUCGAAGAAGAAGGAGAAGAAGGCGUUAGACAUCCACCGCCAGGUCGUGUACAAGUCGGCGUCGGGCGUGGAGGUCUCCGCCGAGCAACUCUCACACAUGACCAUAUUUAAGAGGAAACAGGAGCCGGGCACCAUCGACGUGUGGUGGCUGUACGACGACGGCGGGCUGACGAUGCUGCUGCCGUACAUCGUGUCGCAGCGCGCGGCGUGGGCGCGCACGCAGCUGCGCAUCUUCGCGCUCGCCAACCGACACCACGAGCUCGAGCUCGAGGAGAGGAACAUGGCGAACCUGUUGGCCAAGUUCCGUAUCGACUACUCGUCGCUGACGAUGGUGCAGGACAUCACGGAGCCGCCGCAACCAGACACCAAGCAAAUGUUCGACGAGCUUAUUAAGAAGUUUACUGAAGAACAUGGCGACGGCAGCAUCAGCGCGACGGAGCAGGCGACGCUGGCGGAGAAGAGCAACCGACAGCUGCGCCUGCGCGAGCUGCUGCGGCACAACUCCGCCGCCGCGCGCCUCGUCGUCAUGUCGCUGCCCAUGCCGCGGAAGGGCUCGGUGUCGGCGCCGCUGUACAUGGCGUGGCUGGAGAUGCUGAGCCGCGACCUGCCGCCCGUGCUGUUCGUGCGCGGCAACCACACCUCCGUGCUCACCUUCUACUCC